AUGCGGGCGGCCGGAGACCCCCCUCCCGCGGCAGCGGCAGCGGCAGCGGCAGCGGCAGGAGACCCCGGAGACCGCUACCUCCAGACCUGCUUCUCCAGGGACAAAGUUUGCCUGUCGUUCGGCCUGUGGCUGCUGUCCGCGCUCUUCUGCACCGCCCAACACGCGCUGCUUUUCUACUUGAGAUGCGGAAAGAACUCCAGGCCGGACAGGUCUGUUCUUGGUGUUAUUUACUGCUUUGCGGGCAGUCUGUGCAACACAACUGGAGCUCUUCUUUGCAAGCAACUCCCUAUCCAGGUUUUCACCGGUGCUUAUCUGGCAGCCACAGAUGUCCUGAACUUUCUAUUGAUCCUUUUUCCUCUCUGUGGCUCCAAAUUCAAGCCUAAGGCAGGUCGGAGCUCUCAGGGGAGGAAGAGUAGGAGGAAGCUUAAUGCUAGCCUGUUUGCCCUCAUUGUGCCUCUUAGUGUGGGCACAGGCUGGUUCAUCCUGAUGCCUGCCUCCUGGUCAACUGUGGAGUUCCGGGGGCCACAGAGAAGGCUACUUGGCACACUGCUCCAGGAAAAUAGUGAGGUCCUGGGCUGCAUCCUGGGAGUCAUUGCUGUGAUUAUCACCUGGACCUCCAGGAUCCCCUUAUUCGCCAAAAUAUGUCAGGGGGAAGCUUGCCCGGCGCUUCGCCUGUGGGCCAACCUCUUCUCGGCCGUGGCCAGCUUCCUGUACGCCUCCACCAUCGUGGCCCACAACCGGCAGCCGGAAUACCUGGUGCGUGCCGUGCCCUGGUUCCUGAUCGCACUGGGCUCUGCGGCGCUCGACUUGGCCAUUAUUUUCCUUUCCUGUGUGAUGAAAAGCAAGCUGAGUCAGAUGCUGGGUUUCCCAGUGGAAGGAACGGAGGCCGCUGACACGGAGGCUCUCCUGACUUGUGCUGCGAAGGAGGAUGACGAGAAACAGGAAGGAGAAGGAGAAGACAAGAAUUCAGAUUGGGUGCCACUCAACAUACUUCCAAACAACAAGUACCUUAAGAAGAUGGCAGCCAUCGGCCGUUACAUGGAGCUGACCAUCGAACACGUUCAGGAGGUCGGCUGCGGCGCGACGCGACUGCCAGGAGACGGGCAGACCAGCGCUGGAGAAGUUGCCCCGCAGGACCCUCCGUCUCUGCUCGAGCCUCCAGCCUACCCGCCCAUCCAGGUCAUCCACGCCAAAGUCUCUUCCUCUAGCUCUUCCGAAGUCUCCUCCAUCAACUCCGAACUGGAGCAAAAAUAUUGGGAAGCCCUAAAUUCAGAACAGUGGGACUUCGAAGACGUGAACCUUCAGUGGAGCAAAAACAACUUGGAAAUGCCCAGGGUUCAGCCUCUCCGGGGUUCAGGACUCAGAACGCCGACUCCGUCGGACUCGUAACGUCUCGAGGCCAAGCCAUCUGAGAUGUGUCAGCACCUCCUCCGAUUCCGUAUCCAGUGGGUACUCGGGAAAUAUUCGUCAUGAUAGGGAUGAUAUUUCCUCGCUCCUGGGGCAACCUCCGGGCCAAGCCCAGCACCACUAGGAAGCUUAAAUCCGAAGGUGAAUGGACUCUUUGCUCUACCGAUAACACCCACACCUUAGGGGGAAGCAGCACGGUGUAGUGGAUAGAGCCCCAGGCCUGGGAGUCAGGAGGUCUUGUGUUCUA